AUGCCAGCCCUACUCCCCCAGCCCUACUCCCCCAGCCCUACUCCCCAGCCCUACUCCCCAGCCCUACUCCCCAGUCCUAUUCACCAGCCCUACUCCCCAGUCCUACUCCCCCAGCCCUACUCCCCAAGCCCUACUCCCCAAGCCCUACUCCCCCAGCCCUACUCCCCAAGCCCUACUCCCCAGUCCUACUCCCCCAGCCCUACUCCCCAGUCCUAUUCACCAGCCCUACUCCCCCAGCCCUACUCCCCAGUCCUACUCCCCAGCCCUACUCCCCAGUCCUAUUCACCAGCCCUACUCCCCCAGCCCUACUCCCGUCCUAUUCACCAGCCCUACUCCCCAGCCCUACUCCCCCAGCCCUACUCCCCAGUCCUUUUCACCAGCCCUACUCCCCAGCCCUACUCCCCCAGCCCUACUCCACCAGUCCUACUCCCCCCAGCCCUACUCCCCCAGCCCUACACCCCCAGCCCUACUCCACCAGUCCUACUCCCCCAGCCCUACUCCCCCAGCCCUACUCCACCAGUCCUACACCCCCAGCCCUACUCCCCCAGUCCUACUCCCCCAGCCCUACUCCCCAGCCCUACUCCACCAGUCCUACUCCCCCAGCCCUACUCCCCCAGUCCUACACCCCCAGCCCUACUCCCCCAGCCCUACUCCCCCAGUCCUACUCCCCCAGUCCUACUCCACCAGCCCUACUCCCCCAGCCCUACUCCCCCAGUCCUACUCCCCCAGCCCUACUCCCCCAGUCCUACUCCCCCAGCCCUACUCCACCAGCCCUACACCCCCAGCCCUACUCCCCCAGUCCUACACCCCCAGCCCUACUCCCCCAGUCCUACACCCCCAGCCCUACUGGACAGAUCUGUUUCUGCUUCCUUCCAACUCCUUUGGUCAUUAUAA